AUGGCUGAUCAUGAAGCUUCUUGGCAUGGCUCACCACCUGGACAUCGACACACCAGCAACAAGAGUCAUAAAGAGUCUACCGGAUCUAGGAGGUCGUUGUUUCGCGGGAAGAAGGGCAAGAGGCUGAGCGAGACGCCCAUGAUAAACGUCGAUGAGUUCGAAGGGGACGUCAGCGAAAGACGAUCAUCAAUCUUACGGAAGGGCAAAAGAAGCGAGGAUGCUAGUGCGAGUCUGAUUAGCCGUAUCUCGAGCCCAUUCGACUUUCAGCACCUUUCUCACACCGACCGACAUCAAAUAUCUGCUCUCGAACAGCAGUUGCCCGUCACACCAUCCGAUGACGUCCAUUUCAGGAACUUCUCUUCUGAAAACCUGGCAAAUGGAGAAGAGAGAUCCACGUCUGCUCUAGGCUUCACAUCUCCCCCUCGCAGCCCAGAACCUCGUCACGAUUCCGAAACUGUCCCCCACUUCCCAAUAUCGCGACGACCCCUUCGCCUAGCCCGAUCUAUAGAGAGCUUCUCCCAACCUAGCCCUCGGAAACAUACGCACACAUCGUCGAUACAGUCGCCUCAUCUUCCCUUGGGACCCGCCUUCGGUACACCUGAGUUCGCGUACGAAGAGCCUGCUUCUGGUCCGCGUAGGUUGUCGCGGUCGAAGCGAGAGUCGGGUAUCUGGGACUCAUUUGCUCUUUCUGCUGUGUCCACCCCGGACAUACUACCUGAGAUAUCAGAAGAUUCGUACUUUGGCCAUGCAGUCACGACGCCUGAUGAUUCAGCCAUUCACGCAACCACACCGCCAUCCUUUAGUCCCAGUCUCGCAGAUGUUGUCGAGGAACCAGAAAGAUUCGUCAGCCCAAGACCUGCACCACAGCCCCCAAUGAAGUCCCCGACUUCGCCAAGAUCGCCUUACUUUGGAUCGUUUUCCUUUCAAAAUCCGCGGUCUCCCGUUACCUCUAGAUCACAGGGUAGAGGUCAGUCUCCUGCUUCACCAAGGGCAGAGCCUUCAGCUUCACGACCCUCAUCGCAAAUGUCUGACACGCUGGGCUCAUUCGGCAUGCCGAGGAGGAUGUCCAUUCGAAAACCUUAUCAGCGUCGCCAGUCAAACACAUGGCGCGCAAUAGAGGAGUCAUGGGAAGAAGAUGUCGACUAUAUCUACGACAACGCUCUAGAAGCUGACUGUGACUUCGAGUGGGAUCGAGUAUCUGAUGACGGUGUUCGCUGUUGCGACACUCCCUCUGCUGAGCAAGCCAAUCGUCGCAACUCCAGAAUCACUUCCGCUGAUCGAGAGCGUUUCGCGUCUGACAAUUUCCGCUCAUCUUUGCUGGUUCCCAGCACAUCGAGUGUGCCAGAACUGGUUCCGACUUCUGCGAUAUCCACAUCCACCCUCAGCACUGGCCUGCCACCGACACCCUCAGGAUUCUUCCAUGCCAACCGUUUCAGCGGCGACACUGGCUUCAUGCUAAGCCCGUCCCUUCUUGUCCCGCAGGAAUACAAGGAUACACGAGAAGUCACAUAUGAGGACUUGCUUGACGAGUACGCCGCGUCCGACCGGCAUUUUCCAAUGCUCGACGCCGGUCGAAGCACGACGAGCUCGGCGCGUAGCAGUCACGUCCGACUAAGUAGGCGAAGCUCUUAUGACAGCAGCCUCAUGUCCUCUUCUCAGAGCUGCGGUCUUUGGAGCUCCCCUGUGAGGCGCUCAGCAAGCUCUGCCGGCAGUGUCCCAGAGCUGAUUCCGUCCCGUCGUAGCCGCAAGUCGCUUGGCUUCAGUCUUGCAGCUGAUCAGCUUUCAGAGCAGAUUGCGUUCCUUAACGAAGACAAGGAGGACGAUGACAUUACGCCACCAGGGCGUACCCUGGAAGGGCGAACAUUCUUCGCUUCAGACGACGAAGCGCCUCAAGAUGAGGAGCAAUCUCGCAGCUCCAUUGAGACCGAGCUCAGAGCCUCGCUUGAUUUGGCUCGACGUGGCUCACAGCGUGCCAAUCACUCUACUGUCGAAGAGGAGCUCAAGUCGUCGCUCGACCUUGCGCGCCAAGGGUCGCAGCGUUCCACCCGUGCACCAGCGCGCCAGCACAAACACGCCCUGUCUGAAGGUGCCGCCAAGUUCCUUUCCGUCUCUGCUCCGAAGGAGGAUCAACCAACCAAGCUACGUAACCGCGCAGCGACCACCGCGCAGUCUCGCUCCCCUAUGUUGUCUCUCUUCCCGACACCCCCACGCAACAUAUAA